AUGCCGGACCUCAAACGCACCCCGGAAGCCGACGUCCUUCUCCUCUACGUCGUCUUGCUGAACGCAGACUCCAAAACCGCACGUCUCACCCCCAUCUUCCAAUACACACUCAGUCAAAUGCACCACCACGAUCACUGCAUCAGCAUGAUGUACCAAUCACUAAUCGAGAACAAUUGGCAUCUACAGAUCAACUGGCCCGCCGUCGCCGCAGCAACAGGUAUAUCCCAGUACGCUGCCCGGUUGAAAUGGUACCGUCUGAAACAGGAGCUCGACCGCAGGAUUCAAGCGGGAGGGUUCGAUUACAAGGGUUUGAGGGCUGAUGAAGCGAGUGGUGAUGGGAGUAAGGAGGGUUUGUUGGGGGAUUUUAGUGGUGGUAUGACUGAUGAUGAUGAUGUCGAGGUUGCUACUGGUGGUGUUAGUGCUGCUGGUACUGUUGGUACUGCUGGAACAGCCGAUGAUGCUACUGCUGAUGCUACUGCUGAUGCUACUGCUGAUGCUACUGCUGAUGCUACUGCUGAUGCUACUGCUGAUGCUACUGCUGAUGCUACUGCCGAUGCUGCUGUUGCUGCCGAUGAUGCUACAAAUGGGGAGUCUGGCUUUACUAAGCAGGAAGAAGCGCAGUACGAAGAGCAGUCACAGGCGAACAGCAAGCAGGUGGUGCAUGAUCAGAAGAAGACCAAGCGCUUUUAUUUUGAGGAUGUGUCUUCUGGGUCUGAAAGUGACUGUUACGAAUUCGGUAAUGGGAUCUAUGGGACGCUGGAUGCUUGGAGGAAGAGUACAAUGGCUUUCGUUGAAGGUCAGAGGGAGCAACCUGGGGAAACUAAGGGCCGAAUUCCGGCUCUUACUUCUCGUUUGGUGGACAAGGAGCACGGGUUGAAGCCAAAGGAGUCACAGGAGAAGGUGUCGUGUUGGUCGGCGUGCUCGUCGUUGGUAGAGGUUGGGGUGCCGGGAGAGGGUUCGCAGACGGCGGAUUGUGCUGGUUUUACUGAGAAAGGAGAAGAUGAUGCUGAGGCUGUUGCUGGGAAAGAGGCAGAGGCUGAUGAAGAUACUGAGCUUGAGAAUGCGGAGCAUGAGGAAGGGGAUUGUCUCGCUGCUCCCCAGAAAAGUGAUACUAGUGAGACUGGCAAGGACUUCCUUCGCUUCGCCGACGGGAGGUCGCUUCAAUAUUUGUUCACACCGCACGGUGCCGUUGCAUCAUGGAGAUACACAGUGAAAAGAAAUGGCACGGGCACCAGUGCGCAGCUCGCCGACGACGGCCGGGUCGCCAUCCGCAUCAAUCACUUCAAACGCCAACUGUCCCGGAUCAUUGCCCCUGCCCUCCAACAACACGUUCAGAAUGUCGUGGGCUCUCGCGGAGAUGUACAACCUUUCGUUGCCCUGGAAAAGCUCUUGAAGGCGGUCUACGGCCAGCGCGUACGUCUGGCAACCCACUCCAUCUUCAAGGACUUUGUCCAGCAGCAUGGAUUAGAAUUCUUCACCAUUGGCGGCGACCCUGCCCGGUUGAUGGCCUUUAUAGUCAAGAAUCCCGGCUUGAGGCCGGGCUUCCGUAGCGUGAUGAGCAGAGCUGUCGGCCAGCAGAGGAGAGAUGUUGCCGAAUGCAUUCAGGGCCGCUUUGGCAGUCCUGCUACUGCGCCGAAUGAUGGCUCAGAUGAUGACCGCUUCGACUUCUCGAGUAGCGAUGCUGGCUCCGAACCUAUCGCCAAACACUUUGUGGCCAAUUGUAUCAUCGCCAACCCGCCGAGCUUUGCCCAUAUCCAUUGCGUAGAGAUGCUCGUUAUCCCGCUCCAUAUCAUGUUUACCAUGCCCUAUUUCCCGACCCAGGCCUUCCCUCUUCCCCUGGCCAAUAGUAUCCAAGCCUCGAACGCCGACUUUCAACUGACCAAUCACAUCAGCUAUGCCAUGAUCGAGCUACUCUCAUGCCAGGGCCUCGCCUCGGGGAUGUCAUCAACCGAUUCCGGGUCAAAUCAACCGACCGACUGGGACUCGCACAUAAAUUACUUCGGGAUUCUACUUUCCCGGCACGGCCUCCGCAUCCCUGAGGGCGUCUUCAUGUUGGAUAAUGUGCCGCAUGACAGGCUCUUCAAGCAUGUCUCGUGCGUGGUGCACCAUGGUGGCGCGGGCACCACCGCCGCGGGCAUCACCGCCGGCCGGCCCACAGUCGUCGUCCCCUUCUUCGGCGACCAGCCUUUCUAGGGCGCCAUGAUCGCGCAAGCAGGCGCAGGGCCCCUUUCCAACCCCCCCGCCCCCCCACAGGCAAUUCACGAGCCAUGGCCGUCCUCGCAUGGCUCGUUGGCUUCGACGCUGUAGCAGUUCGUCCGACCGACAGAACUCGUGCGGGGUGCUCAAAGCGGCGACAGUGUUUGGGGCGGUGGAGUGCGUGCUGUUUGCGGGGAGUGCGUGUGUGGUGCUCGGGGGUUUCUUGCGUGGGACAAUAUGUGGGGAGAGAAGGGGGUAAUGUCCUGAAUGAAUUGUUACUCACUUGCUAAGGAUGCAGUGAAUGUGCCUCGGAAGUUGGGUUUGAAUUGUUAUUGUUGUGUUGCCAGUUUGCUGUCAGGUUGGUACAGUUUGGUGCCAGUUGACGUAUUAUACUUUCAUGCUUGUACUUGUCUGCCCUUCGAGUUAAGGAAC